GAUUACGUAUCAUGUUCCUAGAUCGAUUGUCUUACUUAGUAAUUUUCCAUCUCUUGAGUUUUUGAUUUGAUUUGAUUUGAUGAUGGUAGAAAUGUGGAGACUUGUGGAGAUGAGCUUCUCUGGACAUACCUAUGGCUGGCUAUCUGACGGUACUUGCUCUCUUCCUUUGCUUCACUUUAUUUUAUUUUUUUUGCUCUGUCUGAAAACAAAGAACGUUUCUCUGUUCUGGUUUUAAGUUUGGUUCUCUUUUUUCGUUUCUUUCAUUACAGUUAAUGGUUUACUUUACAUUUAAUUUAACUUUCUUUGUUGGUUGUGUAAGGAAUGGUGAUGUGGGUGGAUGACAGUUGGGUUGAACAUUACGGAUUGAACAUCAACAAAGCCUCCCUCUUUCAUUGCAAAAGCAAUAGGUAAGUACAUUUCUCUUUUAAUGCUUUGUUAGAUAUUGUUUAGGUUGGGAAUUAAAUGGACUUUAGUAUUAGGGUAUUUGUUAGUUGCAUUGAUGUGAUUUACAACUAGUUUUCGUGGGUCUUUUAGUUAUAGGUAAAAACAUUGAUUGCUAUAAACACAUAAAUGAAGUUACUUCAACAACUUAAAUCUUAAACUUGCCUAUAAAAUCUGAACAAAACAUUUAAACAAGUUAACUUCUUCUCUUUGUUAUUUCCUUCCUUUUUGCUAUUUCCUUCGAAUCCAUGGACUCUUAUUCUCAAUCUUCUAGCUUUUUAGACCUCUUAAACAAUCAACAACAAAACACUCAACCUAGUAUAAACCUCUCUGCGUCAAAUGUCUGUGUUUUUGGGACACAAUGGGCUGAAGAUGCAAACAUGGAAGCACACACUGUGGAGGACCGCAAAGAGAGACGGAAGUGGACACCAACAGAGGACGUUGUGCUCAUCAGUGCUUGGCUGAACACAUCAAAGGAUCCGGUUGUAUCAAAUGAGCAAAAAGCAAUUGCAUUUUGGAAACGAAUUGCAGCUUAUGUUGCAGCAAGUCCAAAGCUUGUUGGUUUGCAAAAAAGAGAGCCAACUCACUGCAAACAAAGGUGGGGGAAGAUUAAUGAGGGUGUGUGUAAGUUCGUUGGCUGUUAUGAUGCUGCCACGAAAGAGAAAUCAAGUGGCCAGAGUGAGAAUGAUGUGAUGAAAAUGGCUCAUGAGAUUUUCUUCAAUGAUUACAAGGUGAAGUUCACACUUGAGCAUGCAUGGUUAGAGCUUCGCCAUGAUCAAAAAUGGUGUGGAGCUUCAUCUACUAAAGAUAAAGUGCAGUCAAAAAGAAAGAAGCUCGAUGACCAAUCGGCACAGUCAUCAACUUCGGUGCCAGGAGAGGACGAUCAAUCCGCACGGCCUGUUGGGGUGAAAGCAGCAAAGGCGAAAGCAAAAAAGUCUGUGAGCAAGCCGAGUUUGGAAGAGGAAGAAAGGGAGUUUCACACCAUGUGGGAGAUUAGGCAGAAGGACUUUGCGUUGAAGGAGAAGCUUAACAAUCAGAAAUUGCUUGACACCCUAAUUGCCAAGACUGAACCACUUAGUGAACUUGAAACUGCUUUAAAAACUAAGCUUCUUAAGGACAUGUUGGCUUAGUUUGUUUCUGUUCAUGCUCUUAGUUUGCGUCAUUUAUGCUUAUGUUUG